GCCAGUACUACAAACAUACCGAGAAUCCCACCGAGAGGCUACGUGAGACCACGUCGUUUUUACGCAAGUGGGAGAAGUUUUGCAGAUGAUUUCAAACUUUUCCGUCGUUCUCACCAACAAACGGGUCGCAGCAGUUUCGGGACUCCCUGUUGCUUCUCCGACGCGCUUUUUGUUCCCAAUGUUGCUUUCUCCGUAUGAAACGAUGAAAAGACUUUCAGGUUUUCGGGACUGAAGUCGCCCAGUUGGGUGUAUGCUGGACUAUCUGCAGCGAAGAGACAUUUCUUCCACUGGAAGUAAAAAAAAAAACAGGAUGUAGCGCAGGAUAAAAGCAUCUGCUCAUCCUCCUCAUCCUAACCCUCCUCGUUCUCCUCCUCUCUGGACAUCUUUGGGAAUGGGCCAGCGCCUUGCCUGGGUGCAUCUCUCUGCCCGGUGGUGUGGCUGGCGUCGCGCGCGAGUGAGGAGGGCGACGGGCAGGUCAUAGAGCCUCCCCUCUCCUCUUCGUCACUCGCUUUGCCCUCGAGUGACUUUUGGCCUUUGACUGAGCCGCGACCCCCGCCUUGACCAGCCAUGCCCUUCGGGCUGAAGCUGCGGCGCACACGGCGCUACAAUGUCCUGAGCAAGAACUACUUUGUAACGAGAAUCCGGCUGCUGGACAACAAUGUGAUUGAAUGCACCCUGUCAGUGGAGAGUACGGGACAGGAAUGUUUGGAGGCAGUGGCCCAGAGGCUGGAGCUGCGGGAGACCCAUUACUUCGGACUGUGGUUCCAAGGAAAGACCCAGACACCAGCGCAGCGCUGGGUAGAACUCGAAAAGCCCCUCAAGAAACAGCUGGACAAGUUUGGGAAUGAGCCUCAGCUGUUUUUUGGAGUCAUGUUCUAUGUUCCUAAUGUUUCCCGUCUGGAACAAGAAGCCACCAGGUAUCAGUAUUAUCUGCAAGUGAAGAAGGAGGUGCUGGACGGACACCUGCAGUGCACUGUGGAGCGGGGAAUAAGAUUAGCUGGACUAGCAGUACAAGCUGACUUUGGAGACUUCACCCACUUCCAAUCUCAGGACUUCCUCAGAGAGUAUGUGCUCUUCCCAGUGAACUGGCCUAAUGGGGAUGAAGUGCUGGAGGAGUGGACCAAGAAAGUUGCUGAAGAGCAUAAGAGUCACUGUGGGAGGCCACCAGCUGAAGCAGAACUUUUGUACAUCAAAGAGGUGGAAAAACUGGACGGUUUUGGCCAGGAAAGUUUUCCUGCAAAGGACAACUACACAAAUGACAUUUUUAUCGGUAUGUCUUUUGUUGGGGUAUUUGUCAAACACAGAAAUGGCAGAUCCAUCAUGCUCCACAAGUGGAAGGACAUCGGUACCAUAGCACACAACAAGUCAGCCAUCACAGUGGAGAUAACAAGCAGAGACGACACCAUCAAUUUUCACAUGGAGGAUAUGGAAAUGGCCAAGUACAUUGCUCGUCUUUUCACGGCCAGACACAAAUUCUACAAACAAAACAAAAUCUGCACAGAGCCCACCCACUCUCCUGCACCAAUCAGAAGGAGACCCACAUGGACUCAUCGCCUAUCUCUGCCCCGCCCCCAGUCCUGCAACUUCCAGUCGGUGCAUGAGCAUUAUCAGGACAUGCAGAGCUCUCAAGACAGCAUCUUCCAUGAGGACCUUUACUACAAGUCGGAGACCAGUCUUGAUCUUACCUUCAGAAAUGGGACUGUACCCAAUGGAAGCAUGUACAGCAGCCCAAGUUUGAGCUCCCUCAAUCGUUCCCAGACGUUCAUCCCCCCUUCGCCCAUGUCGUCCAACCUCAGCAUCCCGGGCAGUGAGCUCAUGCGUCCGGACUACAUCCCCAACCACCGCCAUAGCGCCAUCAUCGCUCCGUCGUACAGGCCCACUCCUGAGUAUGAAGCGGUCAUGCGGCAGAAUCGAAGGAUUGUCCCCACUCAUCACGACCUCCACAGCCAGUCACUGCGCAGUUUGAACAUUAGCAAUUCCUGUGCUUACCGUAAGCCAGAGGCUCUGGUGUACAGCCAGCCAGAAAUGCGAGAGAGGGGCCCCUAUCAUGGCCCAGGACCCAACCCUGGACCUUACACUCCACAGAUUAGCUACAGUAAGCCAGUGUCCCAUGGACACCAUUCGGGGGGCCCAGCCAACAGCCAUGGUCCAUGUCAUUCGCCCUGCAUUAACGGUGUUGGAGACAGCAGUGGAGAAGUUGGAACCUCAAUCUCUCACACUGUUAGCACCCCAGAGCUUGCAAACACCAAACAGCAAGGAGCCAACAUGGGAAAUUAUGCAGUCAAUGCUAACAUGCUAAGAAACCACAUGUCAAGACCUCCACCACCUUAUCCUUCUAGCUCUUUCCGCCCGGCGACCAGCACACCAGACCUGGCGAGCCAUCGGCAUCGCUGCAUCGGAGGCAGCAGCCCAGAACUGGUCACCCGCAUGGUGCAGCUCUCGGUCAAGACCUUCCAGCCAGACAGCUCGGCCGUGGUGCAUCAGUCCCUGCAGGAAGUUAGUGAACCUUUAACUGCCGGCGCCAAGCACCGCUCUGCCCUGGACAAGAGGCAUAGCAUGGAGUUCAUCAGCAGCAUGAGGGGAGGCGGCAUCGAAGGCUUGGUGAUGAAGAGUAUGAGCACGGCCCUUCAUCGGAGGAAUACUCUUAGGGAGCAAGUGAUGCCAUCUCAACCUCAGCCCCAACCGCAGCUGCCACCUCAGCAGCCAAAGGAGCUUCCCAUGCAGAAACCUUCCCAAAAUGCACCUGAGGCUGCAGUGGCGCCUCCUACCGGAGUGGCUUACCAGCAUCAAAAGACUCUUUCCAAUGCCACCAUGCUCAUACACAGCAGUGAGAGUGAGGAGGAAGAGGAAGAGGAGAGGCCUGAGCUGGAUGUUCAGAUUCCAGGCCUCAACGACAUCAGCAUCAGCGCUCAGCUCCAGGCGGCUCUUGCUAAACUGCCUAACAAACCCCCUCCAGAGUACCCAGGCCCUCCUCGAACUAAUGCCAGCUCUCAGAUCCGUGGGGCCAGUCACAGCGCCGCGCACCACCAUAACCACGACCAGACGCCGCACUGCAAUCAAGGACCUAUGGACCUGACUCUGACACAAGGUGUCGGUGGACCUGUGGCUGGGAGUGGCGCUGGUGGGGGCGGGACGUUGACCAGAGGGGAUCAGAGCGGGGUAAACGGAGCAGUGUUGGGGCCGUCCAUUUCAGAACCAGACCUGACCAGCGUGAAGGAGAGGGUGAGGAAGGAGCCGGUGAAAGAGAGGCCGGUGUCCGAGAUGUUCUCUUUGGAAGACAGCAUAGUGGAAAGGGAGAUUGCUCAAAGGACGCUGGAAAGACAGAAGAUGUCUGUGGAUUCCAUGCGGAGACCGCUGAUGAUGGCGGCGCUAAACGGCCUUUAUGUGGCGAGGAUGCCCGUCGCCAAGAUUCAGACUGAGGAAGGAGCCAAGUCGACGUCAGACGAACGGUGUGAAACCUUAGAACUGAAGCUGGAGGAGGACAGGGUCUUCACAGAGUAUGAGCAGGUGCCCAAGAAGAGGACCGACUGCCUUCUCACCACCGCAACGCUGCCCGAAAACGCAGAGCGCAAUCGAUUCCGUGAUGUUGUCCCGUAUGAGGAGAACCGGGUCGAACUGGUACCCAACAAAGAGAACAACACGGGAUACAUUAAUGCCUCGCAUAUCAAGGUCUUGAUCAGAGGGGAGGAGUGGCACUACAUUGCCACGCAAGGCCCACUGGCCAACACCUGCGGUGACUUUUGGCAGAUGAUCUGGGAGCAGGGCGUCAACGUCAUCGCUAUGGUUACAGCAGAGGAGGAGGGCGGCAGGUCCAAGAGUCACCGUUACUGGCCCAAACUGGGCUCCAAACACAACUCUGCCACCUACGGCAAGUUCAAGGUGACCACCAAGUUUCGCACAGAGUACAACUCCUACGCCACCACGGGUCUGAAGGUCAAACACCUGCUGUCCGGCCAGGAGAGGACGGUUUGGCACCUGCAGUACACCGACUGGCCUGAGCAGGGCUGUCCUGAAUAUGUUCCUGGUUUUCUCUCCUACUUGGAGCAGAUUCAAUCUGUGAGGAGGCACACCAACACCAUGCUGGAUACCUCAAAGAGCCUUAAUCCUCCAGUGGUGGUGCAUUGCAGUGCCGGCGUGGGUCGUACCGGUGUGGUGAUCCUGGCUGAGCUUAUGAUCAGCUGCCUGGAGCACAAUGAGCCAGUGGAAGUUCCCACCAUGUUGUCAGAGCUGAGACAUCAGAGGAUGCUGAUGGUGCAGACCAUCUCCCAGUACAAGUUUGUCUACCAGGUGCUCAUCCAGUUCCUCAAGAACUCGCGCCUGAUCUGAGCUGGACUUCUCAGUGUUCAACUAGACGAUAAGAUCGGUACUUCCCAGUUAGAUCUAGAAAGCUGAUGAGUAGAAGAUAUUGAGCUUUCUACUAAGCAGUUUGUGUACAUUUUACUGGAGUUUACAACAAACUCCUCUCAAAAAGUGUAAAAGAAAAGACCCCAAAAUUAACCACUUUUCCAUGUUGUAUUCAGAUUUAGCUCUUUGUUUUUCUCAUUGCAUAUUAAUUCUGUUGUUUUUCCUAUUGACCAUACAUGUAAGUGCGUUGUCUCCAUGUAGGUCAGGUGAACAGGCAGCUUGUUGCUGUGAGCGUGAAUGUGGGAGGUUUCCUGCCUGCUACAUGUUUUUACAACAAUCUUAAAGCCAGUGUUAGGACCUGCAAUAUGCUGCAUGAACAGCAGGUUGCAGCAGUAUUACUGCUCUAAACUACACCUUUACUCUGGUUUGCCAAAAUGAGUGUAAGUGUUCAUUUGUUUUCAACACAAUAAUGAUUAAUGCAGCAAUUUUUUACUUCAAUAUUGUAACAAGUGUUUUUAUUUAUUUCUAUGAAAACUGUGGUCACCUUCACUUUUACCAUUGGUGGACAUGCUGUUCUUCUGAACUUGUCUUAACCUUUUCUUUGUUCUGCUUUUGGUGAAAUUUUCAUGCGAUUUCUUCAAUUUUCAUGUGAAGAUUCGCCAACUAAGACGUUUUGUGCGAGCUUAAGCAAACACAAGAACAUUUCAGAAAUAAUAUAUUGUGUUAUGUUACACAUUUCAAACCUUUAUAGUGCUUAAAUUGAAGAUAAUUAAUGGUUAUACAACUGUGCCUUACUGAAAUGGAAUUUGUUGAUUUCUUAAAAAAAGAAAAUAAAAUUUGAUAUUUAAUUUGUUGCUUCAAAAUUUAUAUCAUGUUGCUUUUCUACUCUGAACAAAAUGAAAGGCCAAGAGUAGAAAAAUUGAUACUUAUGAAACCCUAAACCCAUAUGUUUCUGCUUUUCUGAGUUGUACCUAAGCUAACUAUUAUGCUGUACAAAACAGUCAUGUCCAAAUGUUUUAUAUAGUUUGCUUUUAUCGACUUGGUAACUUUAAAAUACCGAAACAUAAACUAUGCAUGCAUUUUUACAUUUUAAUGUAUAUAUUUUAGUAUGUAAUCUCAGAUAUGUAUAAGCUUUAUAAAAUUUUGACAUUCAAGGGUUUUUUUUUUUGUUGCACUUCUUUUCUAUUCAACAGUAUUUUUGUCACUUCAUUCCAGUUUGUUUUAUAUUUAAUUUUUGCCCCACGUUUCGUUCUUUUGUUUUGGCAAGAAAACCUUCAAAAUAUGCUUCAAAUUAUAUGUACAUAUGUUUCUGAAUAUGCAUUUUCAGUGCAUUAAGUUUUGUUUUCUCUCCCCAGACAUGUAUUGAGCUGUUGUACUUGCUUAUUAUGCAAUAAAAGCAUUAUUUUCUUUAA